CCAAUCCUGAAGGUUUAAUACCUCUCUCAUCUCUCCCCGCCUUUUCCCCUCUUUCUUUCAUAUCGAAACCCUAAAAUUUUCGGAACCCUUCAAUUUCAAUCAAUUCAGCUUCCACUUUCCGCCAUUAAUGGCUUCCAAAUCUAAGGGCGAUGGUCCUCAUGGCGAUGGCGCUAGUCCAGGGAAGAUAUUCAUCGGUGGGCUUCCUAAAGAUACCACCAGCACUAUAUUUCUCAAGCAUUUUGGGAAGUAUGGUGAGAUAACAGACUCGGUUAUCAUGAAGGAUCGUUACAGUGGGCAGCCGAGGGGUUUUGGGUUCAUCACUUAUGCUGAUCCCUCAGUUGUUGACAAAGUUAUGGAGGAUUCUCACGUCAUAAAUGGGAAACAGGUUGAGAUUAAGCGUACUAUACCCAAAGGUGCUGCUCAAUCAAAGGAUUUCAAGACGAAGAAGAUAUUUGUUGGUGGCAUCCCUUCUAGUGUCUCGGAAGAGGAAUUCCGGGGUUUUUUCUCCCAGUUUGGGACAGUGGCAGAACACCAGAUUAUACGUGAUCACGAGACCAAUCGUUCUCGCGGGUUUGGAUUUAUUGUAUUUGACAGUGAAGAAGUGGUCGAUGAGAUACUAACCAAGGGCAAUAUGAUUGACAUGGAGGGUACUCAGGUGGAGAUCAAGAAGGCUGAACCAAAGAAACCCUCAAACCAUCCUGUAGCUCCUAGUUAUGGUAGCAACACUAGGAACCGUUCUUAUGGGGAUGGUUAUGCAGGUUACGGAGGCUCCUAUGGGGGUUUUGAUGGUGGGUAUGGCGCAGGUAAUAACUAUAGGAUGUCUGGAGGUGUUCCUGGUAGACUUGGGUAUGGAGGCUAUGGUAGUGGAGGGGAAUACGGUAGAGGUUAUGGUUCUUUUGGCAGUGGUAGUUUAGGGGCUUAUGGAGGAGAGUCAUCCCUUGGGUACUCUAGCAGAUUUGGUCCUUAUGGUGCAGGAUUUAGUGGUGCUUACUCUGGUGGUGGCAGCUUAAGUGGAUAUGGCGGAAGUGAAGGUUAUGGUAGCUAUGGAGCUUCAGGUUAUGGCAGCAGUUAUGAUUCCGGCGCUAAUGCUGGUUAUGGUGGAGCUAGUGGGUUCUAUGGUAAGGGAGGCUAUAGUGGUGGCAAUAGUCGGUAUCAUCCUUAUUCACGGUAGAUUAUCAGAGUUCUUAAGUUCGUGAUAGGAGCUGUCUUGCCUAUUAUGUCUGUGGGCUGAUAUGUACUUCCCGACGAGAAUUAGAGAUUGCUUCCUCAAGUGCUAAAGGCAUUAGAAGAUCAAAAACUGCUUUCAUUAAUGUCUUUAUUAUUGUGGUUUAGACAACUAUGUAGUAUGGAUUAAAGAAUUUGGUGUCAAUCUUGUUCGAGUAUCAGUUUCUUAUCUGGAUUUUUUGAUGCUAGACGGAGUUUAUUUUACUUUA